AAACAUGCUUGUAUUAUCAUUACACACCUUUAACUUGUUCACCUCUCUUUCAUAACUAGAUGAAUAAAAAUGAUGUCUAAGAAUACUCCACCUGCCGAUGACCAGGCUGCCGUCCUGGAUGACGCAGAGACUGAGCGAGCCGUCCGAGCAGCCUGGAGGUCGUUUAACACAAAUAUUUGUGCCGGGGGGGAGCGGAGGUUGAAGUUCACCAAAGGGUGGAGCAACGUCCGAAAAAGGCUGGCAUCAGAACAGAUCGUACCUGAUAAGGACCUCGCCAAGAUGGCCGGCUAAAGCUCCAUCCACAUACUCUUCUGUGUUGGCCAGCUGCACAAAAACAUGACAAAAAAGUGGGACUUGCAAAGCACUGCGUGGAAAUGAAAGACUCUGCAGGUCUUGGAUCGGUGGCACACGAGCUGGACUUUCACUCCUCCUCCUCCUCCUCGCUGCUCUUCUUCAGGCGCCGUGUGGGAUCAUGCUUGCUCCCGCCUCAGUCCUCCGCACGCCUCCGCCUCAGUGGAUCUCAGCUGAGUGACAGAGAAAGUCCACACCGGAUUUGAACCCGCGCACCUUUCUUUGCACCACCCGGCCCCUUUCCGCGCACCUCCUGUGGAUUGUACAGAGGCCCUCGUCAUGCUGCUGGUGCUGGUGAUGAGCGUUGUCAUGUUGUCAGGUGCAGAGGUGUUCCGUGCGGGCGUGGCUCCCCGCUGCGAGAGCCGGGCCUGCAACCCUCGCAUGGGCAACCUGGCCCUGGGCCGCCGCGUCCUGACCCAAACCGCGUGCGGCAACAACGGCACCGAGCCCUACUGCGCCCACGCCGACCCGGGUCUGGCGUGCGGCGCCGCCAAGUGCGGCAAGUGCAACGCCGCCCUCCCGCACCUGGCCCACCUGGCCGCCGCCAUGUCCGACUCGUCCUUCCGCCACCCCGACACCUGGUGGCAGUCGGCCGAGGGCGUGGAGUCGGAGACGGUGCAGCUGGACCUGGAGGCGGAGUUCUACUUCACGCACCUCAUCGUGGUGUUCCGCUCGGCGCGGCCCGCCGCCAUGACGCUGGAGCGCUCGCAGGACUUCGGGCGGACGUGGCGGAUGCUGCAGUACUACGCCGCUAACUGCAGCGCCGCCUACGGGCUCGCAGAGGGCAAGGCGGGCUCUGGGAGGGACGGCGCCACGUGCACGUCCAAAUACUCCAAGGCGUACCCGUGCACUCGGGGAGAGGUGAUUUACCGGACUCUGCCCAAGUGGGAGUCUUUGGACCCCUUCGGCCUGGAGGGCCAGCAGCAGCUGCGGGUGACCAACGUUAGGAUCCGCCUCCUCCAGCGCCAGCCGUGCCCCUGCCAGGCCAAAGAGCCCGCCUCCUCGGGCGGGGACGCCCCGCCCACCCGGCACUUCGCCAUUUACGACUUGAUCGUGAAGGGGAGCUGCUUCUGCAACGGCCACGCCGAGCACUGCGUCCCCGCGGCGGGGUACCGACCCAUCCGGGACCGCACCAACCACGUGGUCCACGGGAAGUGUGUGUGCAGACACAACACGGCCGGCGAGCACUGCGAGCGCUGCGCCCCGCUCUACCACGACCGACCCUGGCAGCCCGCCGACGGCCUGACGGGGGCGCCGCACGAGUGCCGCAGGUGCAAGUGUAACGGGCACGCUCGCAGCUGCCGCUUCGAUUGGUCGGCGUGGCGGGAGUCUGGCCAGCGCAGCGGCGGCGUGUGCGACUGUCUGCACAACACCGAGGGGCGCCAGUGUCAGAGCUGCAAGGCGGGCUUCUACAGGGACCCCCGGCGAGCGCACAACGCCCCCGACUCCUGCAAGCUGUGCAGCUGUCACCCUCUGGGCUCCAUGGCCUUCCACUCGGCGGGCGACUCCCUCUGCGACCCCACCAACGGCAACUGCAUCUGCAAGCCCGGAGUGGGCGGGGCUUCCUGUGACAGGUGCAUGGUGGGAUACUGGGGCUUCCACGAGUACGGGUGCCGCCCGUGCGACUGCGCUGGAGACUGUGACCCCUUCACGGGGGACUGCGUGCUGGGAUCUGACUUGUACAAUUUGGAGGGAAACUCCAGCGAGCCAAUCAGGAUCUUCCGAGUGGACGAGCUCUUCUCCGCCCUGCACUACUCAGAGAAGUGUGAGUGCAAAGAGCAGCCGCUGACCAACAGCAAACUGUUCUGCACCAUGAACUACGCUUAUGUGCUGAAGGUGAAGGUGCUGUCGGCGCACGACAAAGGUUCCCACGCCGAGGUGGAGGUCAAAGUUCAGAAGGUGCUGAGCCAGAAGGUGAAGAUACAGCGGGGGCGUGUCACCCUUUACCCCGAGUCCUGGACGGCGCGAGGAUGCACCUGUCCCAUCCUCAACCCAGGGGCGGAGUACCUGGUGGCGGGACACACGGACAGGAAGCAGGGUCACCUCCUGGUCAACAUGAAGAGCUUGGUCAAGCCAUGGAGGGCCAGCUUGGGACGCAAAGUCCUCACGCUGCUCCAGAAGGACUGCAACUGGUAGACGGACAACACCCGGGGACAGAUGGACGGAUGCUGGACUCAAAAGAGACGUCCUCCAUGCGUGGAUUAUUAUUGUUAUUAUUAUUAUUGAUGAUGAUGAUGAUGAUGAAACGGCACAGACUGACUGAAACGUGUCGGCGCUGAGUUCCUCUCUGCAGCACUUUACGCCAAGAUGGACGGGCGGAAUAUGGACGCACAAAGCGAGGACGCACACAGUGUGGACAAACACGAAGCCAUACCAGAAGGUGGCCGCAAAGGUGAAUGUAUUAGCUUAGCACAGUCUUGCCUUUAGCCAGCAGACAACAACUGUUCCACGCAUAGACAUCUUCUAAGGGUACGCAGCAUGGAGCGCUACUGCCUACUGGCGCGGACGAGACGCGGGGCCGCCAUCUUGGAGUGGUGAUCCGCUCCACUCAGUGCAAUUCAUUUGGCAGGAGCAAUGAACAUUUAAUUCAUCUUACCUCACUGAAUACCACGGAUUUUCACGCGCUUUUUGGUCAUACGUGUAGCUAUGAUAAAGGACACAUGUUUUAUUAUUCUUAUAUGCUAUAAGUCAGUGUUUUUCAACCACUGUCCGUGAGAUACAGUCUAGUGUGCCGUGGAAGAUUAAGUAAUUUUACCUAUUUGGGUUAAAAAUAUUUUUUGCAAACCAGUAAUUAUAGUCUGCAAAUGGUGUGUUGUUUCUAGGCUGUCUACCGUGUAAUACUCUUCCAUAUCAGUAGGUGGCAACCGGUAGCUAAUUGCUUUGUAGAUGUCGGAAACAGCGGGAGGCAGCGUGCAGGUAAAAAUGUGUCUAAUGCCUAAACCAAAAGGUGAGUGCCUCUAAGAAAAGGCAUUGAAGCUUAGGGAAGGCUAUGCAGAACGGAACUAAAACUGAACUGGCUACAAAGUAAACAAAAACAGAAUGCUGGACGACAGCAAAGACUUACUGCGGAGCAGAGACGGCGUCCACAAAGUACGUCCGAACAUGACAAUCAACAAUGUCCACACAGAAGGAUAAAAACAACUGAAAUAUUUUUGACGGCUACAACAAAUCAGAUGCGGGAAAUAUUCAUCUAAGGAAGACAUGAAACUGCUAAAGGAAAAUACAGAAAAAAGAGAGAAAAAAAACACCAAAAUAGAAGCGCAAGACAUGAACUAAAACACUACACACGGGAAAACAGCAAAAAAAUCCAAAUAAGUCAGGGUGUGAUGUGACAGGUGGUGACAGUACACCUACUUUGAGACAAGAGCUAUAGUGAUGCAUGCUUGGUUAUGCUUUAAACAAUUGCGACAACGACUUUUUACUGUCAACUGAGUUUCGUUUUUCAAUGAUUUCUGCUGGUGGUGUGCCUUUGGAUUUUUUAAACGUAAAAAAAUGUGCCUUGGCUCAAAAAAGGUUAGAAAACACUGCUAUAAGUGAGCAGACGUCCGAGAUCAAAACUGGGAAUAUAAUCCCAGAGAAGGGGGAAAAAAACGGUCAGCUAUUUUGAAGUUGAAGAAAAAAUAUGAUGAGGUUAUAUAUACAUGCUACAUAAACAAUACAUUAGAUAUCUAUAUAUCUUAUAGACUGUAUCUCUGUUGCUGCAACAGCAGAGAGUUUAUUCUGUCUUGACACUUUGUAUUGAUAUUUUAUAUUACAUUCUUCCCUUAAAUGAUCAUGUUUACAGUCAUUGUUUUAUAUGUACUUUUUAUGUAUGUCGCUUUGGAUAAAAGCCAAAUACUUCAACAUAAACAUAUAUAAACACCUGAAAGUCUUCCUAUCAGCUAAAACCACCAAUCGGUUUCACUGGAUUCAGAAUAAAACCAAAUUCUGUCUUACCCAACAAUGUUAGUAUUUGAAUAUUGUUACUUGAAGACUUAUUCCUGGUUACAAUUAUACUGUUAAGAAAGUAUUGUCUUAUACUUUGCCUAAAAUGAGAAUGCAUCAUAAUCAGUGGCGGCUGGUGAAUUUGGUUUCAGGUGGGGCUGAAAGUUUGUAAAGCAAACCCCUGUAGGGGCGUCAUCCUCCCCCAGAAGAUUUAUUUGUGAUUUUCACAUACAAAUGAAGCAUUCUGGUGCAUUCUGACAAAAUACUGAAGACAAAAUAGAACAUUUCAUAGGUUUGCAGAGAACUAUUUACAAUAUGGUAAUAUUCUUUCCACAAAAUCCAACCAAUAGUACGUUAAUGUUAAAUCUUACUUGUGAAAAGUAAUCCCCCGAUUCCUAUUUUCAACAUCUUUGUUUUCUACCUGUCAACUGUCAGUUGACGGGCUCCUCGUCACCACUUCAAGAUGGCGGCCCAAUUUCUCGCGUCACAGCAGCCAAUGCUGCGUCUACUUUUAAGAUGUCUAUGGUUCCAGUACUGCACUCACUUCCUGUUCUCCUCCCCUUGUUUGUGUUUGAUGUAAAUAUUGUUAUUGUCAUGUGACCGCGUUCUCCAACUCGCUAUGAUGGUUAGCUUGCAUUCUGCUAGCUCUUACAGGUUUGUAGCAUUUCACCACCUUUCUCUUUCACUUUCUGUUUCCCAACCUGAGGGCAGUGAUAAUACAAUUCUCCAUAAACCAUGACUUUGGUUUAAUUUGAUUGAUUUUUACAUUCUUUGUAACUGAGCCAGCACAGACGGCAGCGACUCUGCUAGCUUGAAGCUGCUUAGCUUCAUACGCGUAUGCUCAAGAACGGAAUCUACCUGGCUAACUUUGCUCGUUUAUGCCACAGAUGUGUUCAACUCUAACUACACAACAUUUUGGCUGACUUCACUCUUAUUUUUUUUUACCAAAAUCUUGAAGCUAGCUAGCUAACUUUGUGUAACAGUUGUCAUCCACGCAAUUUGGCCUUGCACACACAAAAGGUCAUAAAGGUAUAUUUAAUAAACUGAAGCUACUCGGCUAACAUUAUUCAGUUAUAUUCAAUAAACUAAAGCUACUCGGCUAACAUUAUUCAGUUGUAUUCAAUAAACUGAAGCUAACCUGCCUAUCUUUU